AUGGCCGACCUUUCAGAGUACACUGGCGGCACAGUCGAGGCCGACCAUCUUUGCGUCCUUGUGCAUGGGCUAUGGGGCAACCCGAACCACAUGAGGAAUGUCGCGAAGGCCCUGCGAGCCAAGCACCCAGCCGACAGGGUCUACAUCCUCUGCGCCAAGCGCAACAGCGGCUCAUUCACCUACGACGGCAUCGAGCUCGGAGGCGAACGAGUAUGUCUUGAGAUCGAGGAGGAGCUUCGCGCGAUCGAGCAGCGCGGCGGCAAGAUCGCGAAGCUGAGCGUCGUGGGCUACAGCCUCGGAGGUCUCGUCGCACGCUAUGCCAUCGGCCUGCUGUACGCAAAAGGGGUGUUGGACGGGCUGGAGUGCAAGAACUUCACCGCCUUUGCUAGCCCCUUUAUUGGGGUGCGCACACCGUUGCAAGGUUGGGCCAACAACGUGUGGAACACCCUGGGCGCGAGAACACUUUCCAUGUCAGGACGACAGCUGUUUGGGAUCGACAAGUUCCGCGACACCGGCCGGCCGUUGCUCGCGGUGCUGGCUGACACCAAUUCCAUCUUCAUCAAGGGCCUCGCCAAGUUCCAACAACGGACUCUCUAUUCGAACAUUCAAAACGAUCGAAGCGCGGUUCAUUAUACAACAUACAUAACGAAGACCGACCCAUACACCGACCUCACGAAGGUGCGAGUAAACUACGUCGAGGGCUACGAAGAUGUCAUCCUCGAUCCAGUACACCCCGUCGAGCAUAUACCACCACAUAGCUGGAAGAAGGACACCUUCUCGGAAAAGGUCAACAAGAACCUAUACCGCAUCCCCUUCGUGGUGGCUCUGGCCGUCUUCGUCCCGAUUGGCAUCGUAGCCUUUCUCGUAAACGGCGCGAUCCAGACCGUCCGGAGCUCGAAGCGCAUCGCACUGCACGAGAACGGCGAGGCCGGCAUCGACUACUCCGAAUACCGCGUCCCACUGCUCCUCAACGAGAUCCGCGGCGUCGUCGAAGACGCAUACGAAGGGCUCAACAGCUCCCAGCACCAAGAUUACCUCGGGUCUUCCUCCGACGACGACUCGAGCGACUCCUCCGAGCCCGAGGCCACCGCCACCGCUCCUCUGAUCAGCAAGUCCAGCCCGGCCGCGGGCGUCGACAAGGCCAGGGCCAGACGCGCCAGCGAGCGGAACAUUCUUCGCCAUGAGCGCAAGCAGAGCCAGCCUGGGCAGCCGACGCUGGCGCUGGCACCGGCCCAGUUCGAGAUGAUCACCCUGGACAGCGUCGGCUGGCGCAAGUAUCCUGUGUAUAUCCACAAGAAUCGCCACAGCCACGCGGCAAUCAUCUUGCGCUUGGACAAAGAGUCACAUAGCGAGGGCCACAUUGUACUGAGGCACUGGCUGAACGAGGAGUUCCUGGUCUGA